CUCCAGACCUGACACAGGAGAAGCUCACCUAAAUCCAGCUGGAAGACCAGGGAUACAAAAGGACAGUGGGCAGACCCUCAACUGGCCUCCACGCCUCAGGCUGAAGACAAAUGCUGUAGAGACAUUGCAAGAGGAUAAAAACAUGUUGAAGAUAGUGGUUCUGAUCGGAGCUCUGAGUGUGUGCUGUAACAACGUGACUGGUCAGAGAGAUGGAGAAAUCAUCAGUCAGAUCAAGGGGACGAAUCAUGCUUUGGCAGAGAUCAAAGAACUUCUCAAACAACAGAUCAGAGAGACUGUAUUUCUAAAGAACACAGUGAUGGAGUGUGAGGCCUGUGGCAUGCGUAUUGAGCCCUCUCGUCCCUCCUGUGUACCCAACCCGUGUCACCCAGGGGUCAAGUGUACAAAGACAGCUGAGGGUAUCAAGUGUGGCCCCUGCCCUGAGGGUAUGGUGGGCAAUGGAACCCAUUGCACUGAUGUGGAUGAGUGUGUCGUGAUGCCCUGUCACAUGGGUGUGCGCUGCAUCAACACAUCCCCAGGGUUCCGAUGCGGGCCGUGUCUCGCAGGCUACACCAGCCCACAGGUCCAGGGAGUUGGCCUCUCUUAUGCCACCGCUAACAAACAGGUUUGCAAGGAUAUAAACGAAUGCGAGGGACCCAAGAAUGGAGGCUGUGUGGAACAUUCUGCUUGUGUGAAUAACCCUGGCUCAUUUAGGUGUGGCCCUUGUAAGCAAGGCUACGUUGGAGAUCAGCGCCGUGGUUGUAAACCUGAGAGAGCGUGUGGGAACGGACAACCAAAUCCCUGUCACGCCAGCGCAGAAUGUAUUGUUCAUCGUCAAGGAAAGAUAGAAUGCAAAUGUGGCAUUGGAUGGGCUGGUAAUGGCUACCUCUGUGGCCCUGAUAUAGAUAUCGAUGGCUUGCCUGAUGAGAAACUGGAUUGCUCCGAGAGAAACUGUUUGAAGGAUAACUGUCUGACUGUACCCAACUCUGGACAAGAAGAUGCCGACCUUGAUGGAUUAGGAGAUGCGUGUGAUGACGAUGCAGAUGGUGAUGGAAUCCUAAAUACACAGGACAACUGUGUGCUGGUACCCAAUGUUGACCAAAGGAAUGUGGACGAGGAUGAUUUCGGAGACGCUUGUGACAAUUGCCGUGGGAUCAAGAAUAAUGACCAGAAGGACACCGAUAUUGACAGAUUGGGGGACGAAUGCGACGAGGACAUUGAUGGUGAUGGAAUCUUAAAUAAGAAGGAUAACUGCAAAAGGGUUCCUAAUGCUGACCAGAAAGAUCGUGAUGGAGACAAAGUGGGAGAUGCUUGUGACAGCUGUCCUUAUGUUCCCAACCCCGAUCAGUUGGACAUGGACAAUGACUUGAUUGGCGAUCCUUGUGACAAUAACAAAGACAGUGAUGGUGACGGGCACCAGGACUCUAAUGACAACUGCCCCGCGGUGAUCAACAGCUCCCAGCUAGACACUGACAGGGAUGGCCUCGGGGAUGAGUGUGACGACGACGAUGACAAUGAUGGCAUUCCGGAUCUCCUGCCACCAGGCCCCGAUAACUGCCGACUCAUCCCCAAUCCCCUACAGGAAGAUACCGACGGCAAUGGCGUGGGCAACGUGUGUGAAAACGACUUUGACAACGACACAAUUAUCGACACCAUUGACGUGUGCCCGGAGAAUGCUGAGGUCACCCUGACAGACUUUAGGGAAUACCAGACAGUAGUGCUGGACCCCGAGGGCGAUGCACAGAUAGACCCUAACUGGGUAGUACUGGACCAGGGAAGAGAGAUUGUUCAAACCAUGAAUAGUGAUCCUGGACUGGCUGUUGGUUACACUGCUUUCAGCGGUGUCGAUUUCGAAGGGACGUUUCAUGUAAACACGGUAACCGACGACGACUAUGCAGGCUUCAUCUUUGGCUACCAGGACUCCUCCAGCUUCUACGUGGUUAUGUGGAAACAAGUGGAGCAGAUCUACUGGCAGGCUAACCCCUUCAGGGCUGUGGCAGAACCAGGCAUCCAACUGAAGGCUGUAAAGUCGACCACGGGACCGGGAGAAAACCUGCGGAACUCCCUGUGGCACACGGGGGACACCAGCGACCAGGUGAAGCUCCUGUGGAAAGAUGCUCGCAACGUGGGCUGGAAGGACAAGACAUCCUACCGCUGGUUCCUCCAACACAGGCCUCAAGACGGCUACAUCAGAGUGCGUUUCUAUGAGGGCACUAAGAUGGUGGCCGACACAGGCAUCAUUAUAGACAGCACCAUGAGAGGAGGACGACUUGGGGUCUUCUGUUUCUCCCAGGAAAACAUCAUCUGGGCAAACCUUCGCUAUCGCUGCAACGACACUCUGCCUGAGGAUUUUGACACAUACAGAGCCCAACAGGUCCAGCUGCAGCUCUAAAGAGUUCAGAAAAAUCCUCCCAAAAGAACUCUGGAGUGACAUUCUAAUUCGCAACAUUCUUUGAAACCCCCACUCCCACAAAAAACAGGAAGUAUGUCCACUGUCAUCUCAUACAAUUAGUAACUGAAUAGGGGACAGUUGAAAUGUCCAUCUUCUCAUGAAAUACUCUUCACUUCCACAUAGUGGCACAGUUUGACUGUUUGUGACCUUUUCCUUUGGACCAAAUUCAUAAAUUUUUUUGUAAAAUAUAUCCCGAAUAAAUCUAGCUGUCUUACUUCAAGAGGCCUUUUUCAAACACAUUCAUCGACACGGUCAAUAAUGACCAAUGUAUCAUUUGGAUUUUGAUUAAAUAUGAGAAUGGCAGAGAACCUUAACUACCUCUGCUAUUUACUUGUUGUACAGUUUUAUGUGGCUUAAUUUUUGUGUGGCUUUUUUGUGGCUUUUAUGUGGCUUCAUUUUAGGCAAAUCAAUUCCAGCUUUUCAAGAAGGAAACAACAUAUAUACUACC